AUGGACCAUGAAUCAAUUCAUAAUAGUAAUAAAAGUUGGAGUCAAGGAACUCAACUGGAAUUUCUUCAAAAUCCUUUUACAAAAGCUAGCUCAGCAGUAGAAGCAAGGUUUCCUCAUAAUCGUAACCCUUCUUCAAAUGAUCAAAGUAACAAAGAAAUAACAACCAAUGAUGUCUCUACUCCUCAAAUUAAUAAUGCUCUUAAUAAAUCAUCUGGUUAUUUUGAUCAACCAGCUGGCUCUCAUAAUAAUUAUCAACGUUCUCAUAGUACUAUAGUUGCUCCUACCCUUGUUGCUCCUCCAUCUUUAUCAAAAAAUAAUACUUUACCUUCCAUUCCUUUCAAUCAUGAUCUCACCGUUGAAUCAAUAAAAAAACAACAAGUUAAAAGAUUAAAUCAAUUACCUCAGCAACCUAAUUAUCAUGACCAAUUGCAAAGUUUAUCGCCUCAAAUCAUUAAAUAUAUCAACUUCCAAGAAUUAGACAAUUUAAUUAAAAAUACCGAGAUCGAUCCAGUUUUGAAAUUACCAAAUUUCUUGAUGAUUGAUAUAAGACCUUUUGCUGAUUAUAUAUCAAAUCAUGUUAUUGAUUCUAUUAAUGUCUGUUUACCUUCUACUUUAUUAAAAAGAUCCAAUUUUGGUUUGAAGAGAUGUAUUAACUCAUUACCUGAUUAUGAAAAAUUAAUUUUCUUGAAUUAUUUGGCAAUGAAUGAUGAUAAUAAACUUGGUAAGUUUGGCUUGCCCGCUAUAUUAUUAUAUGAGAAUAAUAACAAUAGUCAAAAUUUAUACCAUAUGUGUAAAAAAUUUAUUGACAAUUCGUUUUGGGAUCAAGAAAGCCAACCUCCUAUUUAUUUAUUGGAUUUUGAAUUCAAUCAAAUACCUCAGAGUUAUUUAGAAUCUGGUAAACUUGAAAAAUUUAAAAUCGUUGAUUCAAUCUCCAAUACCCCAAGUCCUAUUAAACCUGCUGAUGUUUCAUCUCCAAAACAAAACUUACCUACUAGACCAAAAUCAAGUUCAAUGAAUGAAGUACCAACAUUAGCAUCUGUUAGACAGAGACCACCCUUAACUAUGAAAAAUUUGACUUUACAAGAUUGCAGUACUCCAAUUCUUCCUAAUUUCAAGUUACCAACAAACUUAACUAAUCAAUUUAAAAUUAGACAUAAUGAAGAAUUGAUUGAAGAUGGGGAUUUCAAAUUAUCUCAACAAUCAACUUUCAAAUUAAAUUAUUAUGAUGAAUCGAUGGUUUUACCUAACUGGAUUAAAAAUGCCAUUGACACAAAUAGUGAUAUAAUUGAAGAAUUCACCAAGUUGGAAAAAUUUGAAAAGAGAAGAUUAAAUUUAGCCUUGGGUAAUUCAACAACAACUCCAAUGACAUCAUUACAUCAACAAUCAAAUAAUAUGAAUCCCUUCUUCCCAACUUUGGAUUCGUCAUCAUCAUUAAUUAGCCCAGGUGGUACUACUAUUGAAAGCUCCCCUUCAAUUAGUUGUGGUUUGGACUAUGGUCAUAAAAAUCGUUAUAAAGAUAUAUUUUUAUAUGAUCAUUCAAGAGUUAAACUAAAUGAUUUUGACAAGCCACAACAAUGUGAUUAUAUUAAUGCUUCAUAUCUUAACCCAAUUAACAAUUUAGCUGAUUUAUUGAUUGAUAACCAUAAAGAUGAUUAUGGUAAUUUAACAAAGAUGUUAAAAUAUAUUGCUACACAAGGUCCAUUGGAUCAAACUAUUGGUGAUUUUUGGAAAUGUGUUGUUAAUCAUCAUGUCCCAUUAGUUUUAUCUUUAACUAAUGAGUUUGAAGAUGGUAUCAAAAAAUGUGCAAGAUUUUGGGAAUCAGGUACUUAUAAAUCAAAUGAUAAUAUGAUUCAAGUUGAAUUAUUGAAUGAAGAACAGGUGAAAACCAAUGAUGAAAUUUAUAUGAUUAUUAGACAUUUCAAAAUAAUCAUGGAUAAUACAAUAGUUCAUGAAACAUUACAAGUUCAAUUAUUAACUUGGCCAGAUAUGUCAAGCUGUUUAACUCCAAAAGACUUGGUAUUAAUCAUUGCUUUAAAGAACCAUUUACUUCAGAAUAUAAGACUUGACAAUGUUGAAUAUCCAACCAUAAUCCAUUGCAGUGCGGGUUGCGGUAGAACAGGAACAUUGUGUACGAUUGAUUCAAUAAUUAACAUCAUUAAAUAUAAUUCAAGACUUAAUGACGGGGAAAGAAAUAUUGAGUUAAACUUCAAUCCUGUUUAUUCAAUGGUGAAUAAUUUUAGAAAACAAAGAAUUUCAAUGGUUCAAACUUUAAGACAAUAUUAUUUAAUUUAUGACACUCUAUUAAUUUAUCUUAACGAUAAAAAGAAGGCAUGGAAUGAUUUAACCCAACUUCAAAUUGUCAAUGAUUUUAUUAAAAAAAAUUAA